AGAGCAGCUUUCAGUGACUGUGCACGGUCUUCUUCUUCUCUCCUUCUGCUCCUCUUCUUCUUCUCUCAUUUUAAAGUGCUCAGUUUGACUUUACUGCGUGUUUAACGGCUCUGACAGCGGCGCGAGCUGACGGCCGGAACCAACGUUUUUUUUUUUUAUGUCAAUACAUCGGAGCAGCCGGCUGGCUUCAACCAGAGACUCCCAAUUCAGCCAAGAAACAACCGAAAUGACACGGAUAGACAGUCGGACUGAGCUUUUAUCCGCCUUGUCUUUUUCCUGAAGUGCUGUUGCGGCUCCAGACCUGCUCCUGUGCCGCAUGACAUUCAGAACACCUCGCGUUUGAACUUCACCAUCAAAAGUGGAUGUGAUCUUCAGCAAUCAGGUCUCAGUAUCCAUACAUGGGGAGCAGCUCAUGGACCUAAGUGUGACCCAGAGGUUCUUGCAUCCAGGCGCAGAUUCUGCCAUGCUGGCCCCCCGCCCUCCCUUCUUCGUGGGACCCCUCACCUCUCAGCAUUGCUCACAGUUUUCCCAGCAGCACUUGCAGUAUAACAUUGACCAAAGAGAUAUGGACGAGGAGGACAAAAGAGAAGUGUUAGAACAGCUGAUACGGAAGAGAAAAGACGAGCAGAGUGCUGUAGCAAGUCCUCUGGUGAAGCAGAAGCUUCGGGAACACAUAAUCAUGAAGAGCCAGCCUAUCCAUGACAGGGUUACUCCCAACCACUGCAGUCCUUCACCAGGAUACAGGCUCAUGGUUCCUGACAUGUCCCCGAAGCCUCAGCCUACAUCCUGUGACCAGCAUAAAGGCUCCCUGCGCAGGACAGUCUCUGAGCCUACUCUGAAGUGGAAGAUAAAGAAGCUCAUCAGUGCAAGACCAAACCCACUGCAGCGUAAGAUCAGUGCCCCUCCAGCUGUCAAGCACAGGACAGAAACUCUGGAUUCCUCCCAAAGCAGUAGCAGUAACCCAGCAUCAGGCUGCAGCUCACCCAACGACAGCCACCAAUCAGAUAAUGGCUCACUGGCUCUUGAGGCACAGAGGUUCCUGCUGAAGGAGGGUAGUUUGGCUCAAUUUACCUUGCCUCCCAACUCCGCUGCCAUGCCCAACAUCACUGCUGGACUUCCUGCACAAGCUGACCUACGAGUUGCAAGGCCGUUGGCUGUAUCUGCUCUGCAUCCGGUCUACAUGCCUCUGGAGGGAAGCAAUCCAUCCCUGGCUCAUCAUCUGCAGCCUGUACUCAUACUGGAACCGCAUACUGGACUGGUGCACUCCCAGCUUGUUUCUCUUCAUGGUUUGAGCGCCACUCCUUUGCAGCAGCAGCCUCACCUGUCAAAAAGGGAAGGUGUACUUACAUUGCCCCCACACAGACCAUUGGAGCGAACACGUUCAGAGCCUCCACCCUACAGCCACUCACCUGUUAAACUGCACACCAGCCAUCACUCACAUACCCAGCACCAUCUGCAACAGCAAUACCACAAGAGUGGACUAGAGAGGUUCAAGCUGAAUGCACACCUGAGCAAGCUAACUAGCAAGUCCAUUGAGAAACCUCGUCUGACGCAGAUCCCAUCAGAGGACAUGGACCUGGAGGAGAUUGGAUCAGAAUCUGGUUCUGGUCCAGGGUCCGUGUGCGGCUCAGAAGCAGGCUCAGUGUGUGAGGAUGGCUACCGCAGGAGACAGAGCACAGCCAGCUCAGACUCUGUUUACGACACAGAGUCCACUACCUCCUCAAGGGAGAGCUUGAUCGAGCCCUCGCAUUCUCUCAGUCAGAGGCAGGUGAUUCUAAGACCAACUCUCCAGCUGGACCCCGGAAGUGUGCCAUCAAUAAUUUGGCCUCACCAGCCUCUGGGUCGGACCCAGUCCUCCCCAGCCUCCACAUCACUGCCUCCUCCUCCACAUCCACCCACCACCAUACCUUCCCUGUCACUGUCCAGCCCUGCUUCAGACGUCCACUUGCGCUUCACCACAGGUCUGGUUUAUGAUGGUCAGAUGCAGAAGCACCAAUGUACCUGUGGAGAUAACAGCCGCCACCCUGAGCAUGCUGGAAGGGUACAGAGCAUCUGGUCAAGACUGCAUGAAAGGGGUCUCAGAAACCAGUGUGAGCGUAUCGGUAGUAGGAAGGCCACAGUAGAGGAGCUGCAAUCAGUCCAUUCAGAAAAACAUGUGCUUCUGUUCGGCACCAACCCUCUCAACCGUCUCAAGCUGGACAACCGCAAGCUGGCUGGACUCUUAUCUCAACGGAUGUUCGUGAUGUUACCGUGUGGAGGAGUUGGGGUAGAUAUCGAUACAGUCUGGAAUGAACUUCACACAUCCACAGCUUCCCGAAUUGCUGCAGGAUGUGUCACAGACCUGGCACUGAAGGUGGCUCAAGGAAAACUAAAGAAUGGCUUUGCAGUGGUGAGGCCCCCUGGACACCAUGCAAACUACUCCUCCCCUCUGGGCUUCUGUUUCUUCAAUUCUGUGGCCAUCGCUGCCAAGCAGCUCCAACACAAACUCAACGUCAGCAAGAUCCUCAUUGUGGACUGGGACAUUCACCAUGGCAAUGGCACGCAGGAGGCCUUCUAUAAUGACCCGAGUGUGCUGUACAUCUCUCUACACCGCUUUGACAAUGGCAACUUCUUUCCUGGUAGUGGACAUCCCAGUGAGGUGGGUGCAGGUGCAGGUGAAGGCUUCAAUGUGAAUGUAGGAUGGACAGGGGGUUUGGACCCUCCAAUGGGUGAUGCUGAGUACCUGGCUGCAUUCAGAGCUGUGGUGAUGCCCAUAGCCCACGAGUUCUCCCCUGAUGUGGUGCUGGUGUCAGCUGGCUUUGAUGCUGUCGAAGGACAUUCGUCAUCGCUGGGAGGCUACAAGGUCACAGCCAAGUGUUUUGGCUUCCUGACCCGUCAGCUGAUGUCUCUGGCUGGUGGUCGGGUGGUGCUGGCUCUUGAGGGGGGACAUGACCUCAAGGCCAUCUGUGAUGCCUCUGAGGCCUGCGUCAGUGCCUUGCUGGGCAUGGAGGUGGAGCCUCUGUCCCAGUCUGUGUUGGACCAGAAACCUUGUGAAAACGCUGUCAAGUCCCUGCAGAGAAUCAUCCAGGUUCAGGGUGAAUACUGGCAGAGUGUGAAGGAUUCGGCCGCCACAGUGGAUCUGUCCUACCUGCAGGCGCAGAGACGACGGCUGAGAAGAGACUCGGACAGCGAGGCUGUCAACGCCAUCGCCUCGCUGUCGAUGGGGGGCAUCACCUCUAAGAGAAAAGAAGAACUGACAGAGAAAAGUGAUUCUCUCUGAAGGAUGGGUCUCCUGAAAGCUGCCUUUAACCAAGUCUCAGUGGACACACACACACACACCCACACACACACACACAGAUACACACACAGAGCUAUGCAUUUGAACCAUCACUGGAAGCAGAUGUUCGACCACUGUAUCCAUCACCUCACAGACACUCCUCCACCUGCAUUACUACUGGCUGCAGAGUCCAACACAACAUUCAUAUCGUCCUGACGCUUCCACACAUCAAUGAGCUGAGAAAAAAUUGUAAAGAAAGACAACCAGAGGCAGAUUAAUGACUUAAUUAACUCUCUUGUGGCAAUGGGAGCUGACAACAUGACGUAGCAUGAACACACACUUGACAAAGCACAGCUCUGCGACUUCAAACAUUCACCUUGUAAAUGACUCCUACAAGACCUGCGAGAGACGGCUCGAACUGUCGCAACCUUGAAGGUGGGGGUCAAAGGUCACCUCAUCUUACUGGAGUCAAUCCCUCAGAGCGGAAGGCGUCGUCCCCGCAGGACGUGCCGGUGAAGGAGAGCAGACAUUUCCUCAGCACUAUGACUAUGAUGAUGUCAUUUGUCUGCAUGUGACAGAGACCCCAUGAAGGAGAAGAUCAGCAAUUUCUGAUUGUUUUGCACUGUACUGUUCUGUAAUGUGAACCGGACAAGAUGGAAGAGACGCAGCCUCAUCGCCCAUUUUAACAAUCAAACCUCUUGUUUGAUUGUAUUUUUAGUUUAUUUUACCUGUGGACCACAUUUUUGUGAAUGUCAACACAAGAUGUUUUUUCUUUGUUUAAGAAUCCAGUAAGAGUGAAGCUACAGUGAAGUCUGAGAUACAUAUGUUUCAUAUUGUUUUGUAUGUCCACAUAUUUUCUUAAAUCUGUUUUUUUUUUUUCUUUCUUGGCCUGUCGGGUGAGCACAUGCAGAAGGACUGUAUAUCUCUGCAGUUAUUGUUACAGCUCCCCGACAGAUAAAAGAAGACGCAGCAGUCUUUGAAGUGCAUCUUAAAUGUGGAGAUAUACUGUAGUUUAUAUCAGUGGCAUUAGUCACAGUGAAUAGCUUAUACCUCUAGUCAUCAAUAUCAGCGGGGGAAGUGAUCACAAGAGAUUCUUGACAUGUCAGCAAAGACCGAAAUCACCCAAAAUGCCUUAUUGCAGCGUGACCACUCAGACAUGACCUCACACCUUCUCUAUCUGGAGAUCGAUAUUAUACAUUUUGGACGAGACUCGUCCAAACACUUAAUGACAAUCAUACACUUAAAGUUCCCUCAGGAUGGGAUGAUCAGAAUGACUUGGGUCUUAAAAGCUUUUAUAAUGUUUAAGUGGACCAGUGUUUCUACCUGUGGAUGAGCAUUCCUGCUGUAUUUUUGUAAAUGUACUUUUUCUUUUUGCAAGGACAAACUGGUCUGUCUGGUGUUUGUCACUGAUAUAGCAGCAUUCUGUGUCCCGACAGCGUCGGUGAUGUUUUGCUCCACCGACCAAACAGUGACAUUUUGACAGUUAGGAUGGAGCAGUAAUACUGAGAUAGUUAAAUAUCCUCACAGUGCAAUUGGACACAGGUUAAGCGCAACCAAAGCUUAUGAGAACAAUGUGCCGUCCCUGGACUGGCAUGGCUUAUAGAACUUCAAAGACUUCAGAGAGUUUCUGAAUGUUUCUUUUUUUCUAUCCGAACAGUUGAACAGCACCAAAAGCACAGGAUGGAUAUAUAAACAAAUUCACUUCUCAAAAAAAAAAAAAAACGUACAUGACUUCUAUUUAUACGUUCACAUUCUGUGUCUUUGAAGUGCUCUUUGCAUGUCUAACACAAUUUUAACGGUGCUAUGGAUACGUUGUAUUAAGCGCAGUAUGUUUGUUCUUUUGUUUCUUUCUUUCUUUAUGUUGCAUCGUGUGAAUGCAUUUGAAAACCUGUCAGACUUUGUUUAUGUAAUGAAAAUGUGAAAAAAAAUUAUGAGAAACGUGGAGUUUUAGCUCCACAUCAUGUAGGACGGCUCAACAGCGGAGUGUAGCUUAACGUGGCUUUAACAUUCACGACAGUGACCUGACAUAUCUAAUGUCUUAUCUUUUGUCUUAUUUCAUGCAAAUGACCUAUUUUUGUAUUUGCAAAUAUUAAAAAAUGAACCAUGUGCGUACUCAGAGACCAAAUUAUCAGCCCGUGUGCCUUUAAGUAUCAUACUGACCAACCUGUGUGAAGGUAGCCUUAAUGAACUGGAUCUUAAUUAAAACUGCAGCCGAAGUCCAGUUUUGUCAUAACUGACACUCAGAUUUUGUUUCUGUAUAGUGUACAUAAUUACUUGGUUUUGGUUGUUUUGUCUGCCUUUGUCUUUUCUACUAUUUGUUCCUCAAAAAUCCUUAAUAAAGGUAAAUUAUAAAUAUCUGAA